AUGUCAGGCUGCGACUCCCCCGAAAUUCUCGCGGCAUACGACGCCGUGCGCUCCGACAAAGACGAGACGAACUGGCUAUUAAUAUCCUACGCCAGCGCCGUCGGCGACAAGCUCGUCCUCACGGGCACGGGCACAGGCGGGCUCCCAGAGCUGGCGGCGCGCCUCGACCACGGGCAGGCGCAGUACGCCUACGUGCGCGUCGAGUACGCCAACGACACGGAGAGCAAGCGCGUCAAGUUCGCGCUGGUGAUCUGGAUCGGCGAGAACACUAAGGUCAUGCGCAAGGCGCGCGUGUCGAUCGAGAGCGGCGCCGUCAAGAGGGUGUGUGCGCACCACAGCAUCCAGGUCGAUGCGCGUGAUAGGGGGGACCUGGAGGAGAGGGAUGUUGUUACGCGGUUACGGAAGGCGGGCGGUGCGGAUUACAAUGGUGGUCGGGGUUGA